GUUUUGCGCUGCGCAUCAAUGCUGCGGUCUGCUAGUUUGAAAGAGGAGGCGAUUGAAGCAGGUGAGACAGAGAGAGAGAGAGAAGAAACGGCGACACUUCUCUGCACUUCAACACGCACACGGUCUGGAAGACGACAGGCUCCGCUGCCUCAGCAAAGCCGCUGUUGUUCACACCGCCGCGCUCUUCCCCUCACUGGCACCGUGCGCACCCGCCAAGCCGCACUGUUUUUGGAGAUAGCCUGCGGGGCAAGUUUUGGAGCAUAUUCUUUGGAGCCGAUUAAUUGUUGCAUCUGUUCUGUCCGAGGCGGAUGACUUAUUUUUGCACGUGAAGACUUUAAUCUCGAGCUAAGGAAUUGUCAGACUCGGUGUUUUAACACAGAAUGGAAGGUGAAUUGACAAGUCGUUUGUGGCGAGGAUCCCGGUGUGGAUGUUUCCGCAGGUAAAACGCGCUCUGACCUGAAGUGUGAACAGCUGGAUUUAAUCUGUUUUUAAUCAAGCUUUUGCAUAUUCACUGGCUUGACAGAUAUAAUCUGGAGCGUUUUUUUUCUCUUUUGAAUAGGGGGUAAAAGUAGGCCACUUCUCAUCAAAAGAAUCGACAAAGUUUACCCUACUGCCGACGUUUCUGCCAGUGGCAGUUUGAGUUGCUGUAAAUGGUUUUAUUUGUCAUUAAGUGUUUUCCGCAAAACUGCGCUCAGGUUCGUUAAAGGCACUGAUUAUUGUAAAGAUUGUGUUUGGACACUGUACAUAGUCCGCUGUUUCCAACCAGCUCUCUCCUUCUUGCUUGGUGCACGGAGCGCAUUCACUGAGUCCUGGUCCUCCGUGUUUCUACCGACACCAAAACACCAAAUCUGAAGAACUAUCACUAUUACCUUUGCCCCCAUUCCAACCAAGCACUUUGCCAAGAGAUCCGGAUAAAACACCUUGAUUUAUCUUCACUACAGCGGGGAGGGGGAUCUCAAAUUCACUUGGGCUGCACUGGGAUUAUUGGUUUGAUACCGUCUGCAGAAACUGGAUUACAACUUCUAACGGGCUGUGCUCUGUGAUCAGUGGCAGUAUGAACCUGGGGCUAGGCUGUGUGUGUCGGGCAGUGUGCUGGCCCUCGGGCGGCGUGCUGGACUCAAGGCACUGUGUCUUUGCCGUCACACUCCUCACACUCCUCAUGCAGGUGGUGGUGGAGGCCAACUCAUGGUGGUCUCUAGCCAUGAAUCCUUUGCUGAUCCCUGAGGCCUACAUCAUCGGUGCCCAGCCUCUGUGUAGCCAGCUGGUGGGGCUGUCGCAGGGCCAGAAGAAGCUGUGCCAGCUCUACCAGGACCACAUGCAGUACAUUGGCGAGGGCGCCAAGACAGGCAUCAGAGAGUGCCAGUACCAGUUCAGACAUCGGCGCUGGAACUGCAGCACGGUGGACAACUCUUCUGUUUUUGGACGGGUCAUGCAGAUCGGCAGUCGAGAGACAGCGUUCACUUAUGCCAUCAGUGCAGCGGGGGUGGUGAACGCAGUAAGCCGUGCCUGCAGAGAGGGGGAGCUGUCCAGUUGUGGGUGCAGUCGGGCAGCGCGCCCCAAAGACCUGCCCCGGGACUGGCUGUGGGGCGGCUGCGGGGACAACCUCAACUACGGCUACAGGUUCUCCAAGGAGUUUGUGGACGCACGUGAGAGGGAGAAGAGCUACCCCAAGGGCUCAUAUGAGAGUGCCCGGCUGAUGAUGAAUCUUCACAAUAAUGAGGCUGGACGGAGGACGGUGUCCGACCUCGCCCAUGUAUCCUGUAAGUGCCAUGGGGUAUCGGGCUCCUGCAGCCUGAAGACCUGCUGGCUCCAGCUGGCUGACUUCCGCAAGGUGGGCGACGCGCUGAAGGAGAAGUACGACAGCGCCGCCGCCAUGAAGCUCAACUCGCGCGGCAAGCUGGUGCAGAUGCACAGCAAGUUCAAUCCUCCCACAAGCCAUGACCUGGUGUACAUCGAGUCAAGCCCAGACUACUGCCUGAAGAACCAGAGCACAGGCUCCCUGGGCACGGUGGGACGCCUCUGCAACAAGACGUCAGAGGGCAUGGACGGCUGCGAGCUCAUGUGCUGCGGCCGCGGAUACGACCAGUACAAGGCCCAGAUUGUGGAGCGCUGCCACUGCAAAUUCCACUGGUGCUGCUACGUGAAGUGCAAGCGCUGCACCAAAACGGUAGACCAGUUCGUCUGCAAGUGAGAAGAGCAUUGCUGUCUUUGUGUGUGUGUACUUGCAUACGAUGGGCAUACAGCUGUGUGUAUCCAUGAGCAGAGGAACAAAGGAGCUGAACACAGAGAGAGAAUGGAAGAAAGAAAAACUAUAUAAAUUAUAUUUAUAGAGUUAAACAAUUAUACCAUUGCAAAAAAGACUGACUCUUUGCUCCUUGUUAGAGUUUUCAAAAAAUCUUAUGUCUUCAGAAACUGAGAGUAUUGUGAAAUAUUUAUUUUGAGAUUAUAAUGUUGUUGUUUUUUUUCCUGAUCAGUCAUCACAGCCAGUGCUAAUCCCCUCAAGUGCCUAAACCUGGCUGGAAAACAACACCCCCAACCUUUUUAUAUUAUUAUUAUUUUUUUUUGAAUUCUUAAAAAGUAUCCUGUCAUUUGGCUUGUCAUAUGGGCCACUAUGAUUGUGAAAUUGGACUGCUCUGCCCAUUACCUAACAAAAAUAGUUUGAUAUUUGUGGUUUAGUUGACUAAGAGGUCCCUGUUUGUUGUUUGGGAAUGACUGUGUUGAGAAGAGAAUAAUGCCUGUGUGCUCUAGUCUAUGGAUGUGUUUUCAUGGGCCCAGUCCCAACCAGCCUUCACAUCUUAUCCAUAGUCUAUUUGUCCCCUCUCACCACAUGUCGAGUAAGGUCUAAAGAAUAUUUAAGAGUCUCUGGAGUACAAUGGGUACAGUAAGAGGGCUGUUUUGGGGAUUGGGCUGUUUAUUAAGCUGGCCCAGAGGCCUUAGUGUUCCCCAGGUGCUGCAACAAGCCCUCCACCAUUAUGCACUUUCAAACAGAAGCUUAAACCUGUCUGUACGUGUCUGUUCAACUGUUUUACGACAGUGCAUCUUCAGCAAAUAUAUCAAUAUUAUAGUCUACAUUCUUUUCCAUAUUAAUACAGAUUAUCCACUUAACAUUAUACUAUGAUACUUAACAUGGUUUGAAUAUAUAUGGGCAAUGUUGUGGUUACAAUGGUGAAAUAUUCCAUGCUCUGUGUAUAUAGUACGUCUAUCCAACCAAUCAGUAAAUUGUAUGUAUUUAUUUUCUUUUAUCCAGAUCCUCUUUUAAGCUCCUUGAAAUGGAAAACAAACAUCUCCAUCGUAGACCAACGUUUAGUUGGAUGUCCCCAUGUUUUCUUUUUUUUUAAAGUCACUUUUUAGUUUUGUUCUCACAAAUAUGGCUCUUCACUGGGGUUUUUUUGUUUAAAGGGAAAUGCACCUUAUUCUUUCAAAACACAAAUUCCUUUAUGUUCACUUAUGUCCGGCUUUACAGUUACACGUUUAUCACAGAUGUUCAUGAUUUUAGCGUUGCCACAGACUUCCAAUACCACUCAGUUAGUAUUCACUGUCUCUGUGAUGAUUCUCAAUAGAAAAGCAUUAACUAUCCCUGCCAAUUCAAACUAUGUAUAUUUAUAAGCUUCUCCAUGAAUUUGAGGUUUGUUAAACAUAAUGUGUUAUAGCUGUUAUUUUGUUACUUUUUAAAAAUUGGCUCAAUGCUCUACUUUGUUUCAAUAAAUAUCAAAUGUAAAACCA